CCUCCACAAAACAGUUCAAACCAUGUCUGACAACAGUGCACUAACGUCUCCUACAGAGAUAACUAACUUGGCAGAUUCUUCUAUUUUUGAUUCUAAAGUUACUGAAACUUCCAAGGAAAACUUGUGCAUGGUUUCUUCUUCAAAUGUUGAUGAAGAAAUGCCUCAGGUUGAAACAAGACUGAUACUGGUCCAGGAAGCUGGGAAACAAGAAGAGCUUCUCAAGGCAGUAAAGACUGUUAAGAUAAUGGAAGUCCCCGUUAUAAAGAUAAAAGAAAGUUGUCCUGGAAAAUCGGAUGAAAAAUUAAUAAAAGGUGUUAUUAAUAUGGUAGGUAGGUCAAGCAUCUCAUUGCAUGUGGCAUGCUUCACUUCCCUCAGCUGA